CCAUCUGAACAGGGGUCGAUUUCGCCUGAAUUUACCCGCCCUGUCCACCUACACAGCCUUUCAGAGAAGUUCGGCGCGUCCAACUUGGACUCCGUCUCGUGUUCUGCAGUUCUACAGAACCUUGACCUUUCGGAUGUAGAUGAACCCUUACCGGAUCCCCCAAGGCUUGACUCUUUCUCACCGACCCGCCACUCUGGAGCAGGCCUACCCCAUUGUAAGGUAACUUCGAGCAACACCCGAUCGGAGCGAAAUGACUCGCUUAGAGAUUGUCCAACCUGCUCAAUCAAUCAUGACGAGCAAACGUCUAUCGAUUCGUCCCAUGCCAUGGCUACUACAAGUCUGGAUGUCCAACAGUGUUGUAAAACGCGUCCUGAAAAUAACUACAUUGCAACUUGCUCGGAGCCUGGUGAAGCUGUCCACUCGAAUACUGUUGAGCUACAGUAUGCAAGCUCUAAAAAAGGGAGGUGGGUCGGAAGAAUGAUUAUUAAUGAAUGA